UUUUAAAUUUGUGUCAUUUCACCAUCACCAUCCAUUAGAUUUUUUUUUUUUAAAUCCAAAAAGAUGUGGACUUUCCUGGGAAUAGCGAGCUUCACAUAUCUUUACAAAAAAUCCGACGCAGUUUUGACUCUGGUUCCCAAAGAGCUGGUGGCGGCCGCAGCCUUGUUUCUCACGGCCGGGCUGCUGGUCUCAUACAUCAGGUAUGUCCAUGGCCAGAAGCUCAGGCCCGCUCAGGCACUUCACUUGCCCCUGGGCCUCCUGUCUUUCGUACCUGUCAUCGGCCCCUUAAUCCCUCACACUUCAACACAGAGCAGGGAGAAAGCAGGGGACAGCGGCGGCAAGAGCCGGAGAAGAAGGAACAGAGUAGAUGCGGAGGUCCCCGCCAGAGAAGGUGCCUCAGCCAGUGGCUCGUCCGCGGCCCCGGAGCCCGAUGUGGUGAUAGUUGGGGCCGGGGUCCUCGGCUCAGCGAUGGCGGCUGUCCUGGCCCGGGACGGGAGGAAGGUGACGGUGGUGGAGAGGGACCUGAGGGAGCCCGACAGGAUAGUUGGGGAGCUGCUGCAGCCCGGAGGAUACAGGGCUCUUAAAGAGCUCGGGCUGGAAGGUUCAGUGGAGGGUCUGGAUGCCCAUGUGGUGAACGGCUACGUGAUCCAUGACAUAGAGAGCAGCACGGAGGUGGAGAUCCCCUACCCCCAGGAGGAGGAGAGCAUCCAGUGCGGACGCGCUUUCCAUCACGGUCGAUUCAUCAUGGGCCUGAGGAGAGCUGCCAUGGCCGAGCCAAAUGUCACAUUCGUAGAAGGCACCGUGACCAGUUUGCAGGAAGAGGACGGCUGCGUGACGGGAGUCCAGUACAAGGAUAAAGAAACCGGAGACAUCAGGGAAAUCCAUGCAGCACUGACUGUGGUGGCUGACGGCUGUUUCUCCAAAUUCAGAAAGAGUCUCGUCCCGGGGAAAGCUCGCAUCUCCUCUCACUUUGUUGGAUGCCUUAUGGAGGACUGUCCCCAGUUUAAAGCCAACCACGCUGAGCUGGUGCUGGCUAACCCAAGCCCGGUACUCAUCUACCAGAUCUCCUCCUCACACACCCGAGUGCUGGUGGACAUCAGGGGGGAGAUGCCGCGCAACCUCUCAGAGUACAUGGCUGAGAAGAUACACCCGCAGCUACCAGAGCAUUUAAAGGAGCCUUUCAUGGUGGCGCUACAGAACGAUCGACUCAGAUCCAUGCCCGCCAGCUUCCUCCCUCCCUCCCCCGUCAAUAAGCCAGGCGUGCUCCUCCUGGGCGACGCAUACAACAUGAGACAUCCUCUGACGGGGGGCGGGAUGAGCGUUGCCCUCAACGAUGUUCGCAUCUGGAGGAGUCUGCUCAAGAACAUCGCGGACCUGUACGAUGACAGAGCCAUGCUGCAGGCAAAGAAAAAAUUCCACUGGGAACGCAAGUCAUCACAUUCUUUUGUGGUGAAUGUGUUGGCCCAGGCCCUCUAUGAGCUUUUUGCAGCCACCAACAAUUCUCUUCAUGAGCUGAGAAAAGCCUGCUUUCAGUACUUCAAGCUUGGUGGAGAGUGCAUUGCUGGACCUAUUGGACUUCUCUCAGUGUUGACACCCAAGCCCAUGACCCUUAUUGGACACUUCUUUGCUGUGGCGCUCUAUGCAAUCUACGUCAGCUUCAAGUCCGAGUCCUGGAGCACCAAACCUCGAGCUUUAUUUAAGAGUGGAGCCAUCCUGUACCGGGCCUGCACAGUCAUGUUUCCACUCAUCUACUCUGAACUCAAGUACCUAGUGUACUAAAGAGCAUUGCAUCUGGACUCAGACAGACCAACCCCCAAUGUAAGGUCGUAGCAAAUCUAUUGCUUAGUUGGAAGCAAAACAAAACUUGCAAAAACGUGAUAUUUGACGAUACUUUCUAUGUUUUCAUUCCUGCUGGAAAAAGGCACUGUUGCCACCUUAAACCAUGAUUUUGCUACUGAUCUUUUUCUACAAUAUGCCCCUGCCUUACUGAAGAUGUCAUUAUCUUAAUGUCCUUCUUUGCCUUGUUCCAGUUUGGACAUAUCAUGCACCUAUGCCAUAUUAUGCAAUUAGCACUGUAUGUGCUCAUAUUCAACACUGUGGAAUUAUUCCUGCCAAACAGAAUUACCAUGUGGAACAUGGCAUCUGAGUUUCAUAAUUCUGCAAUAGAUCCAGUUUUUCUGCUGUAUAUUUUCUUGUUGAGCGGAUUUAGGCUGUAUUUAUUAUGGGGAUCCAUCUAUAAUGAUGAUGUGUUUUUAAUACAGGAAUGGCCACUUUUAAAUCUGAAGCACUGAUGAUGGGACGUCAUUAAACAGCAAGCUGUUUAGAUUGUAUUUCGCACAAAAAUCACGCUUUCCCAGUAUAUUUUCAGCCUUAUUUUGAUGAGCAAAAGGUCUACGGAACUUUUUGUUCAAGUCGAACACAUUAUUUCCCAUGAAGAUUGUUUCCUGCCUUCUUAAGACUGUUGCUCUGUACGUACUGUGAUGAGACUUUUUGUAACACAUUUUUGGUUCCUACACUCAGUCUGAAACAUGCUGACAGUGCAGCUACAUGUGACAAAACUAUAAUCCCAGAACCCAAGAAGGAUCCCUGCAAUGUGUUAGUCCUGCUGCAUGUUGCCUGGGGGACGUUUGGGUUUGACGGGGACCUGAGAUAGAAACAACAAUGCUCACAUCAGGACCAAGUCAGCGGAUGGUGCUCGGGUGUUGUUUCUCCUGAGCUGACAGAGACGAGGCGCCCCUGAACUUUAAUUCACCAUAGCUGCUUUGAUGUGUUUACCUGUGCCUGUUUUGGUUUGGAUCAGCCAUUAAAUAAAUC